GCCCACUUUCACAUUUUCAAUUCCUCCUCCAUAGUAACCAUCUUCCCCUACCAAAAAUGACCGUCCGCGUCUUCAUUUACGGCUACCGCAAGCCCGGCCUCUCCCUGUCCACCUUCCGAGAGCGCUACGAAGCACACAUCGACCUCGUGAGACGUAUCUCCGGCGAAGACUUCCCCCUCUCGCACCGCCGUACCUAUAUAGCUCGCACAACCGUUGAUACCCCACCUGAUGGGGCGACGGCCCGCAACGCCACAACCCCAGCGACUAUCCUUCUGGGCCAACAGUCAGACUUUGACUUUGAUACGACGGCUGAGUUGACCUUUGCGGAUCAGCCUUCUUUCCAGGCUUUUAUGGCGAAGGUGACGGCCCCUGAGGCGGCAGCGCAGAUUGCGGAGGAUGAGGAGCGGUUCUUUGAUCGGAAGAUGCUGAGUUUUGCUAUAAUUGGGGAGGUGGUGGAGACGAGGAAGUAGGAAUUGCUUGAGUGGUAAACAGGGCUAUGCCUGUGUGUUUGCUGUUACGAAUACUGCUGAGAUAGGGUUGGUUUCUUGUCUGGAUGGUGCAGUGGCUGACUUGUUGUGUUGUUCAGGGCAAAGGGGAGGUAUAUACUAGUACUAGACAUGAUGUUUG